AACCGUAACCAGUUAACAGGAAACGCGUAUGAUACCGGAAACGUCGAUUAUCUCGCGAGCGGAAGCGGUCGGAGUAGGAGGAGCUCCCGGCCGAAAACAAGCGCGGGAAAUCUUGCGAAGCGGCCGAGCGGCACCGGGACAAAGUGGAGAACAAGAAACCGGGAGCCGUGGACGUAUCAGAAAAAAACGCGUUAACGCAACGCUCUCAUCCCGACUGCCGGAUAUAAUCAAGUCUUCCUGUAAUCGGCGUAUAGAGGCCUGCAGCAUCAUGAAGGUCACCACCUGUGAGAUUGCAUGGCACAACAAAGAGCCUGUGUACAGCAUGGACUUCCAGCAGUGGGCUGAAGGCAGAAUCCAUCGGCUGGCCACUGCGGGGGUGGACAGCACAGUGAGGAUGUGGAAAGCGGAGACGGGGUCAGACGGGAAGACGGUUGUGGAGUUUCUUUCCAACCUGGCCAGGCACACCAAGGCGGUCAAUGUCGUGCGAUUCUCCCCCGGCUCUGAGCUGCUGGCGUCGGGUGGUGAUGAUGCGGCCAUCUUGCUCUGGAAGUUGAACGACAGCAAGGAGCCGGAGCCGACCACCUUCCAGGAGGAUGAAGAUGCCCGGCUGAACAAGGAGAGCUGGACUGUGGCGAAGACGCUUCGGGGUCACAUUGAAGACGUAUAUGACAUCUCCUGGGCCGUCGAUGGUAACUUCUUGGUGUCAGGUUCCGUGGACAAUACUGCCAUCAUGUGGGAUGUGACGAAGGGUCAGAAGAUGUACAUUUUCAAUGAUCACAAGAGCUACGUACAGGGAGUGGCCUGGGACCCCUUGGGAAAAUACAUCACCACCCUCAGCUGUGACAGGGUGUUGCGGGUGUACAGCAUUCAGACCAGGAAGAAGACCUGUAACACCAGCAAGAUGUGCUCCGGAGGGUCUGCUGAAGGAGAGGUGAAGAACUACCGAAUGUUUCACGAUGACAGCAUGCGGUCGUUUUUCCGCCGGCUCACCUUCACCCCUGAUGGCUCCUUCUUGCUCGCUCCAGCUGGCUGCGUGGAGGCUGGUGAAAAUGUCACCAACACCACAUAUGUCUUUUCUCGGAAGAGCUUCAAAAGGCCCAUCGCGCACCUGCCCUGCCCUUCCAAGGCCACCUUAGCUGUCCGCUGCUGCCCCGUUUAUUUCGAGCUGAAAACCAGGAAGGAAGACGAUUCUGCUCAAGCCCCGCCCAGCACUUUCCCGUUACCGUACCGCCUGGUGUUCGCUGUGGCUUCCGAGGACUCGGUCCUGCUGUACGACACCCAGCACCGGCUGCCCUUUGGCUACGUCUCCAACAUCCACUACCACACGCUCAGUGACCUCACCUGGUCCAGGGAUGGCUCCAUCUUGGCGAUCUCCUCUACAGAUGGGUACUGCUCCUUUAUCACAUUCUCCCCAGGGGAGCUAGGCACGCCACUGAAGGAACGUCCGCAGCUUGAGCUCUGUACUCCAGGCUCCGUCCCCGAGAAGAAGAGCAAGAAGAUAUCUGCGGUGAGGACAGCAUCCCCUGUGCCCCGCAUGACUAUGACCGAAGGCAGCUCUCCUGCUUCCCUGUUGGGGUCGGACCCAGGCUCCACCCCCUUGAGUACUAGGGCCAAUGAGGAAGGGAGAAACCCUCCAUUUGGGAAGACCAAGCCACAACCCCGCAGAAUCACACUGAACACACUGGAGGGCUGGAGCAAACCCAGCACCCCCAAAGCCCCCAGCACCCCGCAGGGAGCACCCACCCCCAGGCGGAUUUCUCUGACUCCUAUUUCCACAAGAUCUCCUGCCUCGCCCCAGACCUUUGCCGUACCCUCCUCCAUGGAGAAGGCCAAGCACGAGAGGCCAUCUCCUCCAAAUGAUCCAGUAUGCCAGCCCCCUGAAGCCAAGAGGACCAAGACAGAUGGGCUGGGGCCCACUGAGGCCAUGGGUUUGAAUACAGGUAGCUCCCAAACCCAGUAGGAGCCUUUUGAAUCUUCAGCAAUUUCUACAGAUUGUCACUCUCUUUGGAACUUCCUGGCUUUUCCCAUCCAUCACUUAAACUCACCCACACAUGCCUGGUUCAGUGAUGACAUCUUUCCUACCUUGUGCAAAGAAUCCUGGGAGUCUGAGGGACUGAGCAGUUGUGUGUGUUUUUAACAUGCAUCGCUAGUGUGUGUUCAUAGCCAUGUUUGGAACACCGUCCUCUGUAAUAUUGUCCAGUUUUGUGUUUGUCUUUGUGUACACGCACAUAGGCAUAAGUCUUCAAGGAAUCAGUCAUUCCACUGAGCCUUCCAACUUUGGUAGAUUCCACAGUUCCCAUGGUGUCUUGCUGUUCAGCUGUGUUGCUACGUAGCUACAGUCGCUGUAGCACUUGUCACUUCAGACAGGCAACUCCCCCAACUUGCCUCAUCUUUAACAUGGAGUUCCGAGAAAGGCAAACACAAAGCAAGCAAAACUUACUGUGCAUCCCAGCACCUACAGAACAAACAAGAAACAUUGAGAAUUAAAAGUGUGGAGAGAGAGAGAGGACUUUUCUCUGAACUAUCCCAUCAAUGCUGCAUCGUCCAUCCAUUUGAACGAAGGGCGGCAGUGCUUAUUCGGUGUUGCUUCCCUUUGUUCACACUGGUAUCUGUUGAACACUGCAGCUGUACAUGACCACGUUAAAGACAACAUGUAAAGGGAGUCUUCAGUCUUUUUUCAUUUUUCAUUGAGCUUAAGGCCAAGGUUUUGUGCCUAGUAUGUGAUUGUUGUUUGUAGUAUGAGGAGUGUGGUUAAACAAAAAAAAUUGCUUUUCUUUUCAUAAUACCCCCCCAGCACUGGAAGUUGAGUCUGAACUCCUUUUUUACCUUUUCCUGUGUGUAUUCUCCCCAUUUUUGUUUAUGCAGUUGUUUUUCCAGGAAUAUGCAGCUCUAAAGUGUCUACGCUAAAGGUUUAAAAAUGAAACUGCUUUGGAUGUAAUGGGCCUUGCCCAUCUCAAUCCAUAUGUCUCUAUGUCAAUCAGACCUGCAGCUUCAGAAUGUGACAGAUUGAUAAGGAAUCGUUAUAUCUAUAACGGUUGCAAUAAAUGUAUCUGCUUGCCACGUCGAUAAUAUCAAACAGGACCUUGCUGACAGUCUACUGCAAUAUGUAUUAAAUCUUUGCCCAGACUUACCUUUGGACAGGUUUACUUGAGGUGCCUCAGAGAAGAAAAUUAAACCAAUUUCUUGAAAUAAAAACAGGGGCAGCUGCCAGCUUGGAUUUUUAGGGCUCUAAACACAAAUGAUUUCUUUACACAGAACUCCUAGGCUGGAACGUGGCAGCUUCUCCUUUAUCUUAUUAUGCGGUUUGUUUUUAAUUUAACUCGUUUUCCAUUUUGUGGCAAAAUUCAACAACUGUACUAUGCAAAUGUUAGGUUACCCUGAACUAAGCAAAUCUUGUGAGUGUACCGGAGAGUUUUCCACAACCUCUGUACUGUAUAAGUAUUAACUGAUGGAUUCUUGUCAUAACCAGUAGACUCAACCUGCUGGUUUUACUCUACGUACACUGCUACAAAUAUGUUUAGUAAAGCCACUUUUCCUAAACCAA